AUGGCGAAGAAUACCACUCUCAAGGAGUUCGAAUCCGUCUUCCCAAAAUUGGUUGAGGAUUUACUUGCCCAUGCCCAAAAGUACAACCUCCCUCAACAGGGUCAAGAUUGGCUCAAGGCCUCUCUGUAUGCUAAUACGAUUGGCGGAAAAUGCAAUCGUGGAAUGUCUGUUCCCGACUCAGUAUCUCUCCUCCUCGAAGCUCCUCUAUCUGAAGAACAAUACUUCGAAUCUGCAACAUUGGGAUGGAUGACUGAACUUCUUCAAGCUUUUUUCCUUGUAUCAGACGAUAUCAUGGAUAGCAGCAUCACUCGUCGCGGUCAACCUUGUUGGUACAGACAACCAAAUGUUGGCAUGAUCGCUAUCAACGAUGCUUUCCUCCUCGAAGCCGCGAUCUACUCUUUAUUGAAGAAGUACUUCCGCUCGCACCCUUCCUACGUUGAUCUCAUUGAACUCUUCCACGAAGUUACAUAUCAGACAGAACUUGGUCAAUUGUGCGACUUGUUGACAGCACCAGAGGACAAGGUCGAUUUGGACAACUUCUCAAUGACCAAGUAUGACUUCAUUGUCACAUACAAGACUGCUUAUUACUCCUUCUACCUUCCCGUCGCUCUUGCACUUCACCACCAGAAGAUUGCAACUCCAAAGAAUCUUAAGCAAGUCGAAGAUAUCUUGAUUCCGCUUGGCCAAUAUUUCCAAAUCCAAGAUGACUAUCUUGACAACUUUGGUCUACCCGAGCACAUUGGAAAGAUCGGAACUGAUAUCAUGGACAACAAGUGCUCUUGGCUCGUAAACAAAGCAUUGGCUAUUGCAACACCCGAGCAGCGUCAAAUACUCGAGGAGAACUAUGGCCACAAAGAUAAGACGAAGGAAGCCGCGGUGAAGAAGCUGUUCGAUGAGUUGAAUUUGAAACAGAUCUAUGAGGACUAUGAAGAGAAGAGAGUUGGUGAGAUCAAAGAAAUGAUUUCACAGGUUGACGAAUCUGAAGGCUUGAAGAAGACUGUGUUUGAGAGUUUCUUGCAGAAGAUUUACAAGAGAAGCAAGUAA